AUGAAAUUAAAGGUAGGUAAGAAAAAGAGGAAUUUAGUUCAAAAUGAAAACUUGCCACCUGAAUUUUCUACAGAACUGGUUGUUCUUGAGCAAGCUAUCGAAAACAAUUGCAGCAUGGAAAUUAUCAAUAGCACAAUUAUGCUUUAUUCUGUAUUUUCUAAUUAGAAAGCAAUUGAGCAUUAUGAAGCGUUAAAAGAUCCUCAAUACUUAGAGUACCAAAACAAGCUUAAAGUCUUACUUCAUCGAAAAGACGUAAAAUCUGUGAUUAAUUAUCAAGAUUCCGUUAAAUCUUCAGAGCCAAAGAAGCCAGCUCUUUCAUCUCUUAACAAACAUAGAAAUAUAGAAAACGUCUUACUCCCCCCCUCCGUGAGUGAACAAAACCAUUAGAAAAAUCGCUAUUUUUUGCCCAAAAACUCACCCUCCGUGAGUGAACAAAAAUUUUUUUAAUAGAAAAAUUUUUUAUGGAAAAAAUUUUUGAUAUAUAAGUGAUAAUUCGUAUAAUGAAAUCUAGUGCUGAUUCUGUUUAAUUUUUAAACGAAUAGCAUUUUAAAACAUAAAUUUUAUAAAUUAAAUUAAUAUUUGCUUUCAAAUUUUCGCGAAUUAGGAUUUUUUUUAAAUUUCGAAAAAAAAUAUUUUUAUAAAAUUUAUAUAUAUAAAUUUUUUAAAAAAAAAAAAUUAACCCCCCUCCGUGAGUGAACAAAAUUUUUUUGUUCACUCACGGAGGGGGGGGAGUUAAGAGAAUUCAAUAAUGAAAACAACUCAACUCGCCCCAUGAUACAUGAAAACUUAAAGCAGCAACAAGAUGUGCUUGAAUAUAAAAUGCGUGCUAGAAAAAACAGUUUAAAAAAUAAUUUGAGCUUUGGUAGUGAAUUAAGUGAAGAAGACCUAGAAAAAUUUGAGGAAAAACUUGAAGAUUUAAUAGAAAAAUUCGUCACUGAAAAGAUCCAAAAAUCCAAAGAAAUUGCUGAUCUUUACUCUACUCAGAUUUCAGAAAUGAAAAAUAUGGGCGAUAACGAAGUUAUAAACCAAAUUAUCUUUGAAAUGGAAAAAAAUAAAGAGCGAGAAAUCUCGAUCAUCUCCAAAAAUGUUGAAAAUGCGAUGGGAAAAGAAAUAGAAAUAUUAAGAAAAGAAUAUAAUGUAAUAUAA